AAUUGGUAAACAAAUUGGGCUUAGAAAAAGCGUAUACAGUAACAAUUUGUCUUAAUACAUACUCCAGGUCACUUACCCCGCUUUAUCAGAAAGAAACCCUCAUCGAGUCAUAUCCGAGGUGAAUUGAUUCUCUUUACGCAUUUUCUCCAUUGGUUUUGAUUUCGACGAAAAAUGCGGUACAAGAGAAGAUUUGUGACAGUUUACAGGGAUUUUCCAGAAGGUUGUGGUGUUCCUUCAAAACAUUUAUCCAAUGCUGAUGAGCUUUUGAUGCAAUCUAAGUUUAAGGAUGGAAUUGUCCUGCAGUCUCAUGGAGACUUCCUAGACAUAACAAAGGAAUCAUCAAAUCAUUCGGAGACAGAGACUUCUAUAACUGAGGAAUCGAUUCUUGAAUCUAAUGGAAGUGUUCAAGAUCAUCAAGAGGAGGAAGGUAUAGGAGAAAGGGAUGAAGAAGAGAUGAGCUCGGUGAAGAAGAGAUGUUUGAGUUCACAUAACUCAACCAUUGAAGUUGAGACAGAUGUUGUGGAUGUCUCAAAGAGAGUCAUUGUUUCGGGACUCCCAGCUAAGUCGAAAUGCCCUUGGAGACAACCUAAGAACCUAGGUUCAAGACAGGAGAAGAGAAGGUGGUAACUCUGAAAUCAAGACUCUUUCUUAGUUAGUAUAAGACAAUAGGUUUAGAAGUAAGUAAAUUACUCUUUUGCCUCUUUAGCUUAGAGGUUUCAGAUUAGAGGAAACUGAACACAGUUUCUCAUAAUUUAGCAAAAUUGACAAAUUAUUUUGUCAGAACUUUGAUACUUUUUUCAUCGUAAUUUUUGUCAACAAUCACUCAAUGAAGGGGUGUUCAAUUCA